AUGGCCGCCGCGAUUGAGUCUCAGGCCCAGUUCGAGCGGGACCUCCGAAGCGCACACCAAGAAUAUAAAAGGACCAAGGAUUCGCAGUCCAAGUGGUCAAACGGUGCCCGUCCUCUGGCAGGCUGUCGUCUUGACUGGACCACCCUGGAGGCUGUCGGUGGAACCGAGCAGCAGCGAGCCAAGACGCGUCCCAGGGGAAAGAACAGUGAAACCUCCCACUACAGGAAGACACAGCACAACGUAACCAAGUUCCGAUCACACUGGGAGCUUCCACAAGGCCGCUUGCACUCGGCAGCACGAGCUAGAGAACAGAUCAAGGACCCGCUCAGUCGAUCAGUCAUGGAGAUGGCACCCUCUCAAGACGGAUGGAAAAACCUUGCCGCCUCGGAGGAUUGGAAGUACAGCUUUGAUAGGAUCGAAAGUCCCAACCGGCCGCUGACGCUUGACGUCUUCGUCAAGACGACGGGACGUGAAACGGAGCGCAUGGUGGAGAAGGAGUACGAGAUACUCAAUGAGAACGGCCAGAUCCUCAAGGGCCGCAAGGCGCGUCAGAACCUGCGUCAGGAUGGCACUCGCGUCUCCGAGGAUGAUGGUUUCCAACUGGUCUGA